AUGCAGAUCCCUUUGACACUUUUUGAUGUCAGAAGGAAGAGCCAGCACGGGGAAGGGCAGGAGUUUGCUCCCCAUGCAGAGGAGGAGGAGGAGGAGGAGGAGGAGCAGGAGGAGCAGGGCUCAGCAGUCUCACUCGCUCAGACUCCCCAACCUCAGAGAGUAUCAGGAGGGUUUCCCCGAACUCGUGGAUCCCAUCCACUGCAGGUACCUGCUCCUCCCCGCAGGCUUCCAGAGGUGGAGGGUUCAACACUUGAGCCCCCUGCCCCUCCUUUGCUAGCCCCCAAAAUCUUCUAUGUCAACCAGGAACCCUUUGCGGCCAAGGAGGCACAGUCAGGAGCUGGAACUCAGUCUGGAGGAGGAAAGGAGGAAACCAAAGCAUUUUCUGGAGGGGACUCUGAGGGAAAUGGGGAGCUAAGGUUCUUACUGUCCUCUGGAACAGGGGCAACGUCUGGGGCAGGGGAUCCAUCCUGGAAACCAGUGGAUCUCCACGGGAAUGAAAUUCUGUCGGGGGGCGGAGGACCUGGAGGAGCAGGCCAGGCGGUGCAUGGGCCAGUGAAGCUAGGAGGGACACCCCCUGCAGAUGGAAAACGCUUUGGCUGCUUGUGUGGAAAGCGAUUUGCAGUAAAGCCCAAACGGGAUCGGCACAUCAUGUUGACUUUCAGCCUUCGCCCUUUUGGGUGUGGCAUCUGUAAUAAACGCUUCAAGUUGAAGCAUCAUCUGACAGAGCACAUGAAGACCCAUGCUAGAGCUCUGCACGCGUGUCCCCAUUGUGGCCGUCGGUUCCGUGUCCAUGCCUGUUACCUUCGCCACCGGGACUUAUGCAAGGGCCAGGGCUGGGCCACUGCCCACUGGACUUACAAAUGACUGCUAAAGCUGUACACUGACUUAUAGGAUGAGAUAGCCACAGCUGCUGAUGGAUACUUAGCCCUCACUACCCCAGUCCUGGAUCAUGUAAUCAUGCUAAGAGAUUACAUAUGUUACACGGACCUCUUACUCUUGGGUAUGGGCCUCACCCUCACAGAUUUGGAAGUUUAGAUUUCUUACCCCAAGUUUUUGUUAACCAUCCUGUAGGAAAGUGACUCAUAGAUCAUGCCAAAAUUGAUCACUUAGCCAGAUGGUCCUUUUUGUAUUGAUGUCCUGGGAGAAAACCAGAUUAGAUUAGUGAGGGAAGAGCUGGACAAAAUGACAUGUGACUUUAUUUAGUCUCUGUGAGAAGUUGAGGGAGCUGGUCUCCAACAAGGAAUGUUUGAUCAGAACUCAAGUCAUUCAGAGACUUGGUGCUCCCAGCCUUCUCUCCCUCAUUGUCAGCAGAGUUCUGUUCAUAAACCUCUUUUUGCAGAA